UUCACGCCUUGUGGCCAAGGUUGAUGUUCUGAUCGGGAUUGGCACGUGAUCCCUGGACCAGAAACUUCCUUAUCCACUGCAUAUCCCUACCAAGAUGGCGAUGGCUAUGGAAAAGCAGUGUACCUUUCUUAUCUUCGAUGACAGUGUUCAACGAGCUGAAGUAGAUGAGCUCAAAGCGGGGCUGGAAAACAGCGAUGUAAGUGUCAAGGUUGCAACCAUGAAGAAGAUUGUGCUUCUGAUGAUGAACGGGGAGCAACUCGGCGACCUUCUCAUGGACGUGAUCAAGUUUGUGGUUCCCAAUGAAGACAAGGGACUCAAGAAGCUCCUCUACCUGUACCUCGAAGCCGUGGAAAAGAGAGGAAGAGACGGAAAUCUGCUCCUGCCGAUGAUUUUGAUUUGUAACAUGAUCCGCAAUGAUUUGAAUCAUCCCAAUGAGUUUGUGAGGGGCUCUGCGUUGCGCUUCUUGAGCAAAAUCCGCGAAAAGGAUAUUCUUGAGCCGCUAGUUUCAUCUUUGAGAGCGAAUCUCGAGCAUCGCCAUAGCUAUGUUCGAAGGAAUGCUGUUCUUGCCAUCUACAACACCUACAAGUGCUUUGAAGAUUUGAUGCCUGACGCACCAGAACUCAUCGGUGAAUUUAUUGACGGGGAGAACGAUGUGUCUGCGAAAAGGAAUGCUUUUGUUAUGCUUUGCAACUGCGACCAAGAAAGGGCGGUACAAUAUCAGCUGGGCGUCAUCGACACCAUUAACUCCAUGGGCGAUAUUGUGCAGCUCGUGAUGUUGGAACUUAUUCGCAAAGUUUGCCGUCAGGAUCCCUUCCAGAAGAGCAAGUAUGUCCGUGCAGUCUUCAACCUCCAGAGCUCUGCUUCGAAUUCUGUGGCCUUUGAAUGUGCUUCCACUCUCGUUUCUCUCUCGAGUGCCCAAACCGCCGUGAGAACCGCCGUGCAGGCAUACUGUAACUUGCUCAGCACUCACAGCGACAACAACGUCAAGCUCAUUGUUCUCGAUAAGUUGAAAGAUCUUCAACAAAAGCAUCCCGAAGUAUUGAAGACGCUCAUCAUGGAUAUUAUUCGUGGACUUGCUUCGCCCAACAUCGACAUCCGCAAGAAGGUCUUGGAUUUGGUGAUGGAGCUCGUGAGCCCUAGCAGCAUCGACGAAGUUAUUGCUGUUCUCAAGAAGGAGAUUGCCAAAACUCAGCACACAGACACGGAGAAAGCACCUGAAUACCGUCAAAUGCUGAUUCAGGCAAUCCACAACUGCGUGAUCAAGUUCCCAGAAAUCGCUGGAAAUGUUGUUCAUGUCCUUAUCGAUUUCUUGGACGACUCGAAUGCUACUUCGGCGUCUGAUGUGGUUCUGUUCAUGCGAGAAGUGGUUGAGACAUACCCCAAACUUCGUGAGCUGGUUGUCCAUAAGCUUGUGGAAUACUUCCCAACUAUGAAGGUUGCUAAGGUCUAUCGCGUUGCUCUGUGGAUUCUUUCCGAAUAUUGCCGAACGGAAGCGGAGAUCAAAGCAGCUUACGAUGUCGUGAAACAGUCCAUUGGUAGUGUCCCUUUCAUCGACGAGAACACUCUCGAGGCGGCUAUCAACACAGCGGCUGCUGAACACAAGCACACUUCUCCUGCUGUGCUUGCGGAUGGAACAUAUGCCUCACAGUCGGGCAUCGGAGCGAAUCUUCAGAUCGGCAAGGACGAACCCCCAUCGUUGCGCAACUUGCUGAUCGGAGGAGACUUCUAUGUUGCUGCCGUUACAGCGUCUUCACUCGCCAAGCUCAUCAUGCGGAUCUCGUCCUUGUCAGGAACAUCUGGGGAACUAGUGAACCAGUGGAGCGCUGAAGUCAUCGCCAUCAUCUGCAGCAUUGUGAAGCUGGGCAACUACGGUAUCACCCCGAACAAGAUGGAUGAUGACUGCACCGAACGCUUGUGGUUGUGCCUGAUGAUGCUGAGCGACCCCUACAACAAGCAGAUGCAGGAGAUUUGGAACGAGAAGUGCAGGAACUCCUACUCUCAGCUCCUGGUUGAAAAGCAGAAGGUGUUGACAGAGGAGCAGCAGGAAUCGAAGGAGGAGGCCAAGAAGUUCAAAGCGCAUGCGGAUGAUCUUAUUAGCUUCAGGCAGCUUCGGGGUAAAGGAGCAAUCAUCACGGAGAUCGAAGACGAGGAUGCGUUGGAUCUCUCCAGAGCAACGGGCGCUGCCGAGGAAGAGGACUUUGGAUCAAGGCUGAAGAGGGUCACGCAGCUCACUGGCCUUUCCGAUGCCGUGUAUGCAGAGGCUGUCGUGACUGUGCACGAUUAUGAUAUCGUCCUUGACGUCCUGGUCAUCAACCAGCUGAACGAACAUCUUAACAACCUCUGCCUUGAGCUGUCAACUGUCGGGGACCUCAAGCUCUGCGAAAGGCCCCAGACUUAUGCCCUGGCUCCCCAUGCUCAGCUCAACAUCAGGGCGAACAUCAAGGUUUCCUCCACAGAGACUGGAAUCAUCUAUGGAAACAUCGUCUACGACCUUGGACAAGGAACUGGAACGGACUCGAACGCCAGGGACGCUCAGAACAUGGUCAUCUUGAAUGACAUCCACAUCGACAUCAUGGACUACAUCACUCCUGCCCACUGCUCCCUCCUGCAGUUUCGGCAGAUGUGGGCUGAAUUCGAGUGGGAGAACAAGGUGGCGGUCAACACUUCGAUCAUUGACCCUGUCAAGUACCUCCGUCACAUCGUCUCAUGCACCAACAUGCAGUGCCUGACACACAUCGACGAUGAUUCUGGGGAUUGCGGCUUCUUGGCGGCUAACCUGUACGCAAAAUCUAUCUUUGGCGAAGACGCGCUGGUGAACGUUAGCAUCGAGAAGCAGAGGGACGGAGCUCUCAGUGGCAACUUGCGUAUCAGGAGCAAGACUCAGGGCAUCGCACUCAGCCUCGGGGACAAGAUCACUCUCAAGCAGAAGAGCAUCGAAACGUCCAAGUGA